GGCGCGGGCGCGGGCGGAGGCCUGGGCGGCUCCCCCGGCGGCUCCCCCGAGACCCUCCCGGCCGCAGACGGGCUGGACUGUGAGCCCUGGAUCCGAGAGAAGGUGCUGUUCCUUCUGCACCCAGAGAGGUGGCUGGGGACUCCAGGGGACUCUGCAAGGGCAGGAGAGGCCGGCGGGGAGGACCUUUGCCCGGCGGCCGGAGCCGCCCGGGACCCCGACUGCGAGCGGGUUCCCCGCGGCGGCGGAGGCGCGCCCCGCUCCGGAGCGCCCCCCAGGUCGGUGCUGGUGAGGAUCGUGGACUACCAGGCGACCGAGGAAGUCCUGUGGACCGCGUGGACCAAGGGCCUCGCGGCCGCCCGGACCCAGGAGCGCUCCGUGACCGCGAUCACUUUCCGCACCGGCAGGGAGUGAGGCGGGCUGUGGGGCGCAGGGCUGCGGGGACCCCCGGGCUCUCCCAGCUUCGGGGGAGGCGCCCCCGGCCGCGCUCGCAGAGGCCACCUCGCAGCCCCCUGGGACUGGACCGCCCAAGGAUAGGACACAGGGAAGAGGAACCGGAGGAGUGUUGCGGGCUAGUGGACGAGCGAGGCUCCUUAGGAAAAUGCUGCUCCUGGAGCACCGACCUGUAAUUAAAGGACAGCGAGGACCUUUCAAGAGGCCGGGGCAGCGCUGCAGGGAGGCGGAUGACACCCCACAGCCCACAGCCCACAGCCCGCACCGAAGGCGGAACUGUGAGCCACACCAUACCUCCCUCCUUUGUGUCUUGAAUAUAUUGUGACGGCCUGGGGCCCUAAGUCGUGGGAAGAGGGGAAGGAAAGGGGUUUUCACGUUGGUAAAAUGUGGGCCUUUUGAAAUACGAAAGUCGAUUGUUGAUUCUCACUUUGAAGUACCUCUCAGUGCACCUCUUGCCUGCCUCCCCCGCGCUCUUUAAGACCUAAAAUCAGAAGUCAAGUUUGAGGGCUGCUCUCUGCAAAGGGGGUGGGGAGUAGAUGGAGAGAGGGGCUUGUUUUAAAGCUGAAAAAGAAAGUAAAAAGAAAUGAGAAAAUUAAGGCAUCAAGUAAAGAAAACCUUUCCUUUUUACUUUCCCCUGAUGUGCACAUUUUCCUUUUUUUUAUUAAGUUUUAGAAAAAAAAAAAGUGGAAAAAGAAGAGGGAGAGAACAGAAGACCCAGCUUUGAAGGUUAAAUGCCUUAAUUUAAAGGGGAUUUACUACCCCCAAAGUAUAUAGUUUAGUAAAAAUGCUUUUUACCUGGUUUUUAUUUAUUUUAAUGUUUUAAAUAUGGCAGAUAAAUCUGAUCUAAAGGUAGAUAAUGUAGAGUUUGCCAUAAAAUAUUUUGUAUAUGUUACUGCUGUUUCUUAUUAAUAACAUUUGUAUUCAAAACUGGAUUGAAAAUACAAGUCUCUUCUGGUGCUAUUGAAAUAAAUCUAUUUGUUCCUCUUUUUUAUUAAACAUCACUUUUAUUGA